AUGGGUAUAGAUUGGACUCAUGAGGACCUUCUUUUGCUUAGAAGUAAAGUGCAUGAGCUUAAUGUUACUUUUAAUCGGCUAGCUACAUGGUGGAAUCAAAGGGCAAAGGCUAGAUGGCAUGAAGAUGGAGACAUCAAUUCAAAAGUGUUCCACAACUUUGCCACGGCUAGAAGAAAUGGGAAUAGGGUGGUUCAAAUUAAAGAUGUGCAUAAUAACACUCAGGAGGAAGAUGAUGAAAUUGAGAAGGUUUUUAUUCAGUUCUUUGAAGCUAAAUGGCAAUCUAGCACCUGUGAGUUAACAGCCACUGUUCUAGUUAACAGAUUGAAGAAAUGCAUUUCCAAGCUGAUCACUGAAGAGGAAAUGGCCUUUAUGCCGGGAAGGUCUAUUUCUAAACAUUGUUUGUUGGCUCAAGAGAUAUUUCAUAAGUUUAAAAUGUCUAAGAACAAGAAGGGAUUGAUGGCUCUGAAGCUAGACAUGGACAGGCUUAUGAUAGCAUGGGAUGGCCUGCACUUGAUCAAAUCCUUAAAUGGUGUGAGAUUUUCAAUCAUUAUAAAUGGGAGAAAUUCUGAGUGGAUUGAUGCUCAUAGUGGCUUUCGUCAAGGAUGCCCACUUUCUCCUUAUCUCUUCAUUAUGUGCUUCCAGUUGGUUUCUAAUUCUAUUGAGCAGAAGGGACAAGAUCUUGGUAUUAGAGUCUCUCCUAGAGGCCCUAGGAUUACACAUCUUCUCUAUGCAGAUGAUGUGCUAAUCUUCUCUUAUGUAUCCAUUUGGUUAGCCAAAGCCUUGAAGAAAAUAGUUGAAGAUUUUUGCAAAUGGACGGGCCAAAGGAUAAAUGUCAGUAAAUUUCAAAUUUUUUUUGGUAAGGUAGUUGGCUACUCAACUAAGAAAAAGAUUACUAGAUUGUUUGGUUACAAAAAUGUGAAGGAGAUGAGCUACCUAGGGAUUAAGUUGUCCCUAAAUAGAUUGAAGUUGGCUGAUUUUCAAGACUUGUUGAGCAAUGUCAUGGAUAGGCUCAAUGCAUGGGGCAAGAAGACUUUAUCUUUGGGAGGUAAGAUUACUCUUAUCUCUAGUUCAUUGUUGUCUAUGCCAAACUUUUUAGUAACUCAUUCUUUACUUCCUAAAAAGUUGUUGUAUGAGGUGGAGAAACUUUGUAGAAAUUUUCUAUGGCAUAAACCGGGUGGAGAGCAUAGUAUGCAUUAUGUGGCUUGGGAAGAUCUGUGCAAACCGAGAAGUAUGGGUGGGAUGAGACUUCAAUCUCCUUUGAUGAGGGUUGGUUCUUCGAGGUCCAAACUGGCUUGGGAUUUUUUCCAGAAAACUGAGUCUCUUUGUUACAAAACUAUCAAACACAAGUAUGGAGAUGAUUUAAUGAUUGGAUCACAAAAGAAGGUAACUUCAAAUACAUUUAAAAUCUUGCUUGAUGGGGGAAGACAACUGCAGAACAUUACCAAAUGGGCCGUUGGCAGUGGAAAUAAGAUCAACGUUUUAAAUGAUAUCUGGGUGCUGGACAAGUGCAAUAGCAAAUGGCCUACAUUGGUGGAUUGUGUAGUAUUGGAAGGGAUGAAUGUCAGGCAACUUUUAUUGAGUGAAGGUCAGUGGAAUUAUACACUGCUUCAUGAAGUUUUCCAUCCUGAAUUCAUCAUGCUGAUCAACAACAUUCAGAUCAACCCUGGGAUGGAGGAUCGGAGGGAGCUGCUGAGAAUGCACUCGGGUAAGUCUAUCUCGGCUAUGUCUUAUGAGUAUAUGUUGAACAGUAAUUGCAAUAUGGAUGGAGAGGAUUAUUAUACAUGGCUGCUUGCUGUGGAACUGGCUUGUGCUAGAGGCUGUAAUACUAAUGAAAGCUAUGAACACAUUAUGAAGUUAAGAAGGCUGUCUACUCGAAAUCUCGGUAUUUUUAAGAUUUACUGCACUAUUGUAUAUCUUUCUUGGAGGAAUAAAAACUGUGUGAAACAUGGAAAAUAUGCAUUGCCUUCUUCUGUUAUAGCUUCUAAUGCUUUGGCUUUGUAUAGUAAUAAAGAUAGUCUGUAUCUUUCAAAUUGGGGAACCAAUCUCCUUAGGGAGUCUUGUGAGUCUUGGUGCCCCCCUCUGAAAGACUGGAUGAAGAUAAAUGUUGAUGCAUCUUUGCUUAGAUCUAACUGUGCUGGAGUUGGUGGAAUUUUCAGAGAUCAUAAGGGAAUGUCUAUUUUUGCAUUUGGGGAAAAGAAAGUCCAUUGGGACAUUACCAAACUUGAGAUGGAGGCUGUUUUCUCGGUUAGGGAGUACAUUAGGAGUUGGAAGCUUGAGUACAAAGGGGUGAUUAUAGAGAGUGACAAUCUUAAUGUCAUUAAGUUCAUUCAGGAUUCUUUCAAAAAGAAUAAGGGGACUGUGGACAUGUGGCCUUUGGAGGAGCUUCUUUUUUUCAAUGACUUUCAUAAAGUGGUCUUCAAUCAUGUUCAUAGAAGUUGUAAUAAGGUGGCCAACUUAUGUGCUACCAUGGCUCUUAGUAGGAGUUUCUUUUUUGAUAGUUUUUCUUUUGGUUACAUUCCUUCCUUGCUAUUGUAUUCGAUCAAGGAGGAAUGUGAUUAUUUUCAUUCUUAUCAAGUGUAA